AUAUGAUCACCGACAGUGUUGGGUUUGAGCAAUGAGCGGUGAACGUGUGGUGUGGUAAGCUGCCAGGUCGUUACUGCUGUCUGCUGAAACUAAGAGAAACAGCUCUACUUGCAGCAGUCAAUGCGGCCUGCCACUGUCUCACCUUCGGCUGAGAACCCAGCAUGUCUCGUGUCUCCUCCACGGCUAAGCGCUAUGCUGGCACCUCCUAUACCAGUCACUACAACUAUGGCUCCUCCCUGACCCCCUCUUUGAGCUCCUUUAGCGAGCGGGACAAGCUCCCCUAUAAGGCUUCCUCCUCUGGCUACACCUCCUCGGGCUACCUGAGCAGCAGCACCAGCCGCAACCGCAACUAUAGUACGUCAUCCGAGCCCGACCGGGGCCGGACCAUCCCACGCACCGACCUCCUGGGCAGCCGACGCAGCGAAAGCUUAAGCCGAACGCCGGCUAAGGGCUAUGGGUCGGGCCUGAAUGGCGGCGCCGGCUACACCAGCUACAGUUACUCUCCAGUGCAGCCCAGCUACCUCUCCACCUCGCCUGCCACCUCAAGCAUCUCCCUAAGCCGCCGCAAGUCAGUCAGCCAAAGCGAUCUGACGCGGGACCUGUCCUCGCUUGGCCUCAACGAAUCCUCCAACAGCAGUAGCAGCAGCCUGAAACAGUCAUCCUACCGCAGCCGGGGCUCAGAGGUUUCCGAGCCUUACAGCAGCGCCCGAUCGAGCUACGGGCUGUCGCGCAGCUCGACGCAGGAGGUUCUUAGUGGGAGCAGCAGUGGGCUGAGGAGUAGCAGCAGCAGCAGCAGCCGCUUCACUUCUUCUUGGGAGAAAAGCAGCAAUGGACGCUCCACUUCUCCAGUCAGAGAGUCUUCGAACUCAAAGAGUGCCCAGGGCCUGGUGGGACUACGAAACCUGGGAAACACAUGUUUCAUGAACUCCAUACUUCAGUGUCUUAGCAACACACAAAGCCUGCGAGACUACUGUCUACACAAUUCCCACCGCCGAGACCUCAACAACAACAAUCGCACAAACACUGCACUCAUGGAGGAAUUUGCCAAGCUCAUUCAGACUUUGUGGACGUCAUCGGGCAGUGAAGCUGUCAGCCCGUCCGAGUUCAAAACACAAAUCCAGAGAUAUGCUCCCAGAUUUGUGGGCUACAACCAACAGGAUGCUCAGGAGUUUCUGCGUUUCCUGCUUGACGGCCUUCAUAACGAGGUCAACAGGGUAACCGUCCGGCCGCGGGGAAGCAUGGAGGAUUUUGACCACUUGCCUGAUGACGAGAAGGGGAAGAGAAUGUGGAGCAAGUAUUUAGAGAGAGAGGACAGCAAGAUCGUAGAUUUGUUUGUGGGCCAACUGAAGAGUUCAUUGACGUGCAGCGAUUGUGGUUAUUGUUCCACUGUGUUUGACCCCUUCUGGGAUCUGUCUUUACCUAUUGCCAAGAAGGGCUAUGGAGACGUGAGUCUAAUGGACUGUAUGAGACUCUUCACUAAAGAGGAUGUGCUGGAUGGAGAUGAAAAACCAACAUGUUACAGGUGUAAAGCCAGGAGAAGGUGUACAAAGAAGUUCACCAUUCAGAAGUUUCCCAAAAUCUUAGUGCUACAUCUGAAGCGGUUCUCUGAAGCCCGAGUCAGAACCAGCAAACUGUCCACAUUUGUCAAUUUCCCCAUGAAGGAUCUGGACCUCAGGGAGUUUGCCUCAGACAACAGCUGUAAUGCAGUCUAUAACCUCUACGCAGUGUCCAAUCACUCAGGCACCACCAUGGGCGGACACUACACAGCGUACUGUUGUAAUCCCAGUAACGGAGAAUGGUACACGUAUAAUGACUCACGAGUAACGCCAAUGUCCUCCAGCCAAGUCCGCACCAGCGACGCCUACGUGUUGUUCUAUGAGCGGGCAGGGCUCUGAGGAGAGACACUGGGAAGAACAGGAGAGUAGGACCCAGGCCCUCGGGGCAGAACACGCUCACACAAGGCUCAAGGCUGCUACUAC